GGCGAACCUUCCCAAACCCCGUCAAAUUGUCAAAUUUCGACACAAACACUUUCAACUUCGGGUUUUACCAGUUUUACCAGUUUUACCGCGGUGGGGCAAGAUUUUACGCGUCCAGCUAACGUGACAAGGGCUCCACGAGGCCAGGUCGGCCAGCUACAACAUGGCGCCAGGGGCUUCCAAGCUUUCCCUCGCUGCCCAGUUUGACGAUUUUUGUCGUCAGUCUGUCCGCAAAAGCAGCAUCGAGGCAGAGUUCCUCGCCUUUGUAAGGAACCAAGAAGAGUGUCGCAAGCAGUGGCAUGCUGCAGAAGUUGAGAAUGCUCGGCUGAGAAAAGAGCUGGAAGCUCUCAAGGGCUCUCAUCUGGAGCUCGAGCGCAGUCUGGCAUACACCAGGGAGGUGCUGGAAAAAGAAGUGCAGCGCAGAGAACGCAGCGAAGAAGAGAAAGAGGCUAAGCUAAAGCAGAUUGACCUCAUCCGAGAGUUCAUCAUGAACGACGUGGAGCUGAGAGACGAGACAAUGGAGAAGCUGCCAUUCCUGCGGCCCUCCAAUGCACACCAGGCCAGCAACCUCAACAGGCUGAACACGAUUGACGAGUCUGUGGGCUCGGUCCUGUCCAUCUCGCACAAAAGCUUGGACGACAGUGACCAUGGUGGCGAGGGCGUACGUCGCAGUACAAGGUUGCGGGGGAAGGGCAGUUCUGGCUGGGGUCAGCUCGAAGACGGAGUCAACGCACGCAAGCGCAGGUCUCAGGGCACGCAGGGUGGAGACGAGGUGGACUUAAAGCGUGCCAACGUCGUGGCCACCACGACGGUGACCGUGACGGACGGCCAGGACUUUGUGGCCACCUCGCGCUUCUUCACCCAGCCGGCGUCAUUGGUGCCCAAUGCUCCCCCACCACCGUGCCCAGUGCCUGCUGCAACUACGACGCCCCCUAUUCGUACCAGAGCUGACACGCCCUCCACGACUCCUGUAGACCAGCAGUGCUGCCUCGGGCCUUCGGGGGUCGCUCCCAGGCGUAUCAACUCUGCGGGCAAGCUGCAGUCGCGGGUCCACGACUUUGUGUCCAAGACGGUGAUCAGGCCUGAGAUGUGCGGCCCCUGCUGCAAGCGCAUCAAGUUCUACAAGACUGCUCUCAAGUGCAUGCGCUGCCGCUCCACCUGCCACCCGGAGUGCAGGGAUCAGGUGCCCCUCCCGUGUGUCCAGGUGUCCCAGACGCCCACCCAGGGUGGCUCUCACACGUACAAGGGCACCGUGAUUGCGGACCAUGUGCCCCCAUCGGCACCUAUGGUGCCGGCCAUCGUGGUGCACUGCAUCCAGGAGGUGGAGCGCCGGGGCCUCUCGGAGGUGGGCCUCUACCGCGUGUCCGGCUCGGAGCGUGAGGUGCGGGAGAUCCGGGAGCAGUUUCUGCGCGGCAAGGGGAUCCCAAACCUGUCAAAGGCAGACAUCCAUGCCAUUUGCAGUGUGCUGAAGGAUUUCCUGCGCUCCCUCCGCGAGACCCUCAUUUGCAAGUCAGUCUGGAGGCAGUUCGUCAAGGCCGCGGAGAUGGAACCCGGCAACAGAGUCUGGGCCACUUGGCAGGCAGUGACUCAGCUUCCACAGCCCAACCGGGACACCCUGGCAGCCUUGGUGCUUCACCUGCAGGCGGUGGCUGAGAGCCCCGAAGCCAAGAUGCCCAUCACGAACCUGGCGCGCGUCUUUGGGCCCACGGUCGUCGGGUUUUCUGUGCAAGACAUUGAUCUCGUGCCAAACAUACACCUUGAGACUGAGAAGCAAGCUCAGGUGAUGGAGAGCAUUCUCAACGUACCUGCCGAGUACUGGAAGACGUACAUGGAUGUCGAAAGCGACGACGACCUCGGGACUCCCGAACUCAAACCCGGUCCCGGAAGCGCCAUUCUUGGCCCCGUCCAUGGCUCCCUGGGGAAGAAGUCUGGACGCGCUCCUCAGAGAUUUACACCGGCUAGUCGCUCAAAGAUUUCUCUUAGCGCUGGUGCCACUAAUCCCAGGAGCCUGCCAAAAGGGCACUCCAUGGGAUCACGAAGGAUCUUUUUUACAUCGCCAGCCCUGAAGUAACCAAGGCUGUGGGACACAGCCUGCUAUUGUGUGAUUGACAGUGUGCUUUUUUUUAGCAUCUUAAUAAAGCCUAUGGAACAUGUG